GGCCGGUGGGAUAUUCAGUUUUAGUGGCAGGUAACAAGCUGUCGGUUACCAGUAGCAGUUAACUGAUUUUUCGCUGAACCCCAUCUCUAUUUCGAGGCUUUAAACGUCUUUACACUGAAGAUUUAAACAGCCGCAUAUUGUGGAGGAAGAGAUGAGUCUCCAGAACCCAGCAGGUGUGUCUGUGAAGAGUUAUAGAUCCAAGAAUCGACCCCUUUUGUUCAGUAAUUCCAUGUCCUCUGCUCUGACCCUUUAAUCUUUCCAACAUGCACUGCAUCCCACAGACUGGAAACUUGCAGAAAUCAGUAGAUGAUGUCCUUCAGAGAGCCAAAGGUCAACACAAAACCAGCAUGAAGAUCAAGUAUGAGAACUUAGUUGAGGGAAUCAAUGUCCAAGAGAAUGAAACCCUCCUGAACAGGAUUUACACUCAGCUCUAUAUCAUAGAGGGAGAGAGUGAAGGAGUGAAUGAAGAACAUGAGGUUUUACAGAUGGAGAAAACAGCCAGAACACAACACUCACAAGAUUCUCCAAUCUACUGCAAUGAUAUCUUUAAAUCCUCACCUGAACCAGGAUGUGACCAAAUCAAGACUGUUCUUACUAAAGGCAUCGCUGGAAUUGGAAAAACCGUCUCUGUGCAGAAGUUCAUUCUGAACUGGGCCGAGGGAAAAGCCAAUCAGGAUGUAGAUUUCAUGUUUGUGUUUUCAUUUCGAGAGCUGAACUUGAUCCAAGAUCAUCAGUACAGUCUUCACAGACUUCUGCUGGACUUUCAUCCUGAACUUCAAGAUCUGGACUCAAAGAUUUAUGAGGAGUGUAAAGUUGUGUUCAUCUUUGAUGGGCUGGAUGAAAGCAGAAUCACACUGAUGUUUUCAGAUGCUCAGAAAGUUUCUAAUGUUACUGAGACUUCAUCAGUGGGUGUGUUGAUGUCAAAGCUCAUGAAAGGAGAGCUGCUUCCCUCUGCUCUCAUCUGGAUCACCUCCAGACCAGCAGCAGCCAAUCAGAUCCCUUCCGAAUACAUCAACCGUCUGACAGAAAUUCAGGGAUUCAAUGAGCCUCAGAAAGAGGAAUAUUUCAGGAAGAGAAUCAGUGACGAGCAUCAAGCCAGCAGAAUCAUCUCACACAUCAGAAGAGCAAGAAGCCUCCACAUCAUGUGCCACAUACCUGUCUUCUGCUGGAUCUCAUCCACUGUGCUUCAGAAGCUCCUGAAAGAAGAUCUGAGUGGAGAAAUCCCUCAAACUAUGACUGAAAUGUACAUCCACUUCCUGCUGAUUCAGAUCAACAGGAGGAAUCAGAAGUAUGAAGAGAGAGAUCCAGAGAAACUCCUGCAGUCCAACAGAGAAGUGAUUGUGAAACUUGCAGAAGUGGCUUUCAAACAGUUGAUGAAGGGCAAUGUGAUGUUCUAUGAGGAGGACCUGAGAGAGAGCGGCAUAGACGUCACUGACGCCUCAGUGUAUUCUGGGAUUUGCACUGAGAUCUUUAAGGAGGAAUCUGUGAUUCAUCAAAGGAAAGUCUACAGCUUCAUUCAUCUGAGCUUUCAGGAGUUUCUUGCAGCUUUUUAUGUUUUUUACUACAAUUUGUACACUAUUAUGGAGACAGUGACCUUUUUAGCACUGCAUAAUUUGCUCAAAGGAGCAGUAGAUGCAGCCAUUAAAAGUGAAAAUGGACAGCUGGAUCUGUUCUUGCGGUUCCUGCUGGGCAUCUCACUGGAGUCCAGUCAGAGACUUUUACCGGAUCUACUGACACACACAGUGAAAAGCUCAGAGAGUAUCCAAGAAACCACGCAGUACAUUAAAGAGAAGAUCAAAGAUGGACAUGGAAUCUCCACUGAGAGGUCCAUCAAUCUGUUCCUCUGUCUGCUGGAAGUGAAAGAUCAGACUCUAUCCAGAGAGAUUCAGGACUUUGUUAAAUCAAACAAACACUCAGAGAAGAAACUCUCUCCUGCCCACUGCUCAACAAUUGCCUACAUACUUCAGAUGUCAGAGGAGGUACUGGAAGAGCUGGACUUCAAAAAAUACAACACAUCAGAUGAGGGUAGAAGAAGACUGAUACCAGCUGUGAUCAACUGCAGAAAAGUGCUUCUUGCUGAAUGUAAUCUGACUCAUCAGUCCUGUGAAAUGUUGUCAUCAGCUCUACAAUUCUCAAACUGUGCCCUGAGAGAGCUGGACCUGAGUAACAAUGACCUGCAGGAUUCAGGAGUAAAGCUGCUAUCAGACGGCCUGAAGAGUCCAAACUGUCAGCUUGAGAUCCUGAGGUUGUCUGGCUGUAUGGUGACAGAGGAAGGCUGUGGUUAUGUGUCUUCAGCUCUGAGUUCAAACCCCUCACACCUGAGAGAGCUGGAUCUGAGCUACAAUCACCCAGGACAAUCAGGAGUCCAGCUGCUCUCGGACAAACUGAACGAUCCAAACUGCUCACUGCAGAUACUUAAUUUGGAUCAUGGGGAACAUUUCAGAAUUCAACAGGGACUGAGAAAAUAUGCCUUUGAUCUCACACUGGAUCCAAACACAGCACAUGUUAAACUCUCUCUGUCUGAGGAGAAGAGAAAGGUGACACACGUCAAAGACCCGGAGUCGUGUCCCGAUCAUCCAGAGAGAUUUGAAAACUAUGAGCAGGUUCUGUGUGGAGAGAGUCUGACUGAACGCUGUUACUGGGAGGCUGAAUGGAGCGGGAAGGGGGCUGGUAUAGCCGUGACAUAUAAAGGAAUUAGCAGGAAAGGAGGGAAUGACUGCUGGUUUGGAUACAGUGACAAAUCCUGGAGUCUGUACUGCACUGCAAAUGGAUUUACUAUCUGGCACAAUAAUAUGAGCAAUAACAUUAUUGCCCCUUCACCGUCAUCUAACAAAGUAGGAGUUUAUCUGGACUGGUCAUCCGGCACUCUGUCCUUCUACAGCAUCUCUGACACACACACACUCACACACAUACACACAUUCAACACCUCAUUCACUGAACCCCUCUAUGCUGGAUUUAGGGUUUAUGAUGCCUCAGUGUCUCUGUGUCAGAUUUAACAACCUGUGCGCUUUCAUUUGACCAGGGGCGGAUCCUUCUGGCACAGAGUGGCCCAUCACACCAUAACACACUGGCUUAUUAUGCACAGAGCAAUUUUUAACACCAUUGUAGGGGAUUUUACAGUUAAAGACCCAAGGACCAGAUAUGAUGAAUGAAGACCUCAGAGUCAGAGUUUAAAUCAAUUGAAGAAAAUGUUUACUGAAGAGAAUAGUUUAGAGUUUCAUCAGCAGAAGUCAGCUUCACACUCCAUAACGAGUUCAUAAGCUGCCCUCUGUACGUUCACAUUUCCACAGCAACUAUACCUUACACAAGUCACUAAGCUGUGUCAUUACUGAAUGAGUCUGAUUGGUUAAGAAAUAGAUACAAUUAGAAAAUAUCCACACAUGGGCUGAUAAGCAGAAGCAUAUCUCCAUUGAUUAUAUGGCUGACAACAAGACUCUGGUUUAAGCACAAAGUGACCUUCCUAGAUCACAGAACUGUAUUUCUAGGCACCAACAUGUUGAGAAAAACAAGUCAUUCCUUCUCCCAGGAUGCCAGUUGUUCACCUCACCAACACUGAAGUAUACCAGCACAUACACAGAUACACAGGAUACAGAGCUUCUUCAUGGUUGAAGUUGGUCGAGCUCUGGCUCUAAACAGGAUAUUUUCCCAAAACAUACAGAUAAGUUGUACUUUUCUCUCAGUGAGAGGUACAGACAAUAUUCAUCAAUAUUAUCUAUAGUGAAAAGUAAAGUAAAUGCUCUAACAUACUCUUGAAGAAGUCAUUCAAAUCAUUUAAUAUUUAGAAGGAUAAACUUGAUUAUAAAUCACUCAAAGGAUAUACAUUGAAGCGGAAUUGAAUUUCGGAAUCCAACCCUUCACCACUUACUAACAUAAAAGUAUAGCAACAUACAGAAAUAUAUAUGCUAUUUAUUUUUUAUUUUUUAAAUUGAAAUAAAAAGUCUUUUUAACAUGAAUGAAUGACUAGCUUACUUCUUUACAACAUAAUCUGUCUUUCUGUGGGCCUCAUUUCUAAAACAUACAUACCUACAGAUGUCUUAGAGUGUGCUUAGUGCCACAUUAGGGGAUGUUAAUUUCAAGAUCAUUUGAGAUUUAUAGAUUUCAGAUCUCUGAAUCACACGCUCAUACGCACAUUUGAGAAAGGAUAUUGGAUCGAAAGUAGGACAGUUUCUUUUUUUGGUGUUUUUGCCUUUAUUGUGAAAGGACAUUAUGUUAAACAGGAAGCAAAGUGGGAGAGAGAGGCGGAGACAGGACCGCGACCCGGGCCUCGAACUCGGGUCGCCGGAAGCGCUACAUAUCGGUGUGCUGCCCAUGAGGCUAUCGGCUCCAACAGAUGUAGGACAGUUUCUACACAACAUUUUAUAAACGAGGCCCUAUAGGUGUACAUGGUAAAUAGAAUUUGGAAGAAU